AUGUCGCGGAAUCAGCAUAUCCCUCAGUACUGUGGAUCAUGCUGGGCCCACGGUGCUAUCUCCGCCCUCGGUGACCGCAUCAAGAUCGCACGCCAAGCGCAAGGAAUCGACAUCAACCUUGCAGUUCAGCACCUGCUGAACUGCGGAGGUGUGGGCACAUGCAAGGGCGGCAGUGUCGACGGUCCGUACCAGUGGCUCAUGGAGAUUUCCAAGAAGGGUACCGGGAUCAGCUACGAGACCGCCAAUCCUUACGUUGCCUGCACCUCGGACUCCGAUGAGGGCUUCUGCAAGUACGUCGACACGUCCUGCAAGGCAGCGAACGUGGCCAGGACCUGUGGAAGCUUCUCUCAGGAGGGUGGACCUUGCACCGGCCUUGGUGAGUUCCCCAAUGCGACAAUCUCGGACUACGGCUCCAUCUCUGGCGCUGACGCCAUGAUGAAGGAGAUCUUCCAUCGUGGUCCGAUCUCAUGCGGGGUGGACGCCAACCCCCUGCUCAACUACGAGUCCGGCAUCAUUAAGACGCAGGGCGAGGGCGUCGAUCAUGUCGUGUCAGUGGUUGGCUGGGGAACUGAUCCGAAGGACGGCUUCUUUUGGAUCGUAAGGAACUCAUGGGGAGAGUACUGGGGGGAAAUGGGGUACUUCCGGGUGGCGAAGGGUGCGCUGCUCUUGGAGGACCAGUGCUCUUGGGCGGUGCCUGCUGCCUUCACGGCUGCGGAGAAGAACAAUCAGGUGCAUUGCCACGAGGGCGGCGACAAUUGCAAGGC